UUUGCCAGAGUUUGAUCCAAGCCAAAUUCGACUAAUUGUAUAUCAAGACUGUGAAAGACGAGGGAGAAAUGUCUUGUUUGACUCCAGUGUUAAGAGAAAAAAUGAGGACAUAUCAGUAUCGAAGCUCUGUAGUGAUGCUCAAGUUAAAGUCUUUGGGAAAUGCUGCCAACUGAAACCUGGAGGAGACAGUUCUUCCUCUUUAGAUAGUUCCAUGACUUCAUCUUCUGAUGUAAAAGACCAGUGUCCUAAGUACCAGGGUUCUCGAUGCUCUUCUGAUGCCAAUAUGCUUGGAGAGAUGAUGUUUGGCUCAGUAGCAAUGAGCUACAAAGGCUCCACCUUAAAGAUUCAUCAGAUCCGUUCCCCUCCACAGCUUAUGCUCAGCAAAGUUUUUACUGCACGGACUGGCAGCAGCAUCUGUGGAAGUCUCAAUACGCUGCAAGACAGUCUUGAAUUCAUCAAUCAGGACAACAGUACAUUAAAGGCUGAUAAUAACACAGUUAUUAAUGGAUUACUUGGAAAUAUAGGUCUUUCACAGUUCUGCAGCCCCAGGCGGGCAUUCUCUGAACAGGGUCCGCUCCGCCUGAUCAGGAGCGCCUCUUUCUUUGCAGUUCACAGCAACCCAAUGGACAUGCCUGGAAGAGAGCUGAAUGAGGACAGAGACAGUGGCAUAGCACGCUCUGCAUCUCUCAGCAGCUUGCUUAUUACACCAUUUCCCUCUCCAAACUCCUCACUUACCCGAAGUUGUGCCAGCAGCUACCAGCGACGCUGGCGACGUAGCCAAACAACAAGUUUGGAGAAUGGGGUGUUUCCUAGAUGGUCUAUAGAAGAAAGCUUUAAUCUGUCAGAGGAGAGCUGUGGCCCUAACCCAGGGAUUGUGAGGAAAAAGAAGAUUGCAAUUGGGGUAAUCUUUUCAUUAUCCAAAGAUGAAGAUGAAAGUAACAAAUUUAAUGAAUUCUUUUUUUCACAUUUUCCUCUGUUUGAAAGCCACAUGAACAAAUUAAAGAGUGCAAUAGAACAGGCUAUGAAAAUGAGCCGGAGAUCAGCUGAUGCCAGUCAGAGGAGUUUGGCAUAUAAUCGAAUAGUUGAUGCCCUAAAUGAAUUCAGAACAACAAUUUGUAAUCUUUACACAAUGCCACGAAUUGGAGAGCCUGUCUGGCUUACAAUGAUGUCGGGGACUCCAGAAAAGAACCAGCUUUGCCAUCGUUUCAUGAAGGAGUUCACUUUUCUAAUGGAAAAUGCUUCCAAAAAUCAAUUCUUGCCAGCACUCAUUACUGCAGUUCUGACCAAUCAUCUUGCCUGGGUUCCAACAGUCAUGCCAAAUGGACAGCCACCUAUAAAAAUAUUUUUAGAAAAACAUUCCUCUCAGAGUGUGGACAUGUUGGCAAAGACUCAUCCGUAUAACCCACUUUGGGCACAACUGGGAGACUUGUAUGGCGCUAUUGGCUCUCCUGUACGGUUAGCAAGGACUGUGGUAGUUGGUAAACGACAAGACAUGGUCCAGAGGCUGCUUUAUUUUCUUACUUACUUCAUAAGAUGCUCUGAACUUCAAGAAACCCAUCUUUUAGAAAAUGGAGACGAUGAAGCCAUUGUUAUGCCAGGCACAGUAAUUACAACCACUUUAGAGAAAGGUGAAAUCGAAGAAUCUGAGUAUGUGCUUAUUACAAUGCAUAGAAACAAAAACAGUUUGCUCUUUAAAGAGUCAGAAGAAACAAGGACUCCUAAUUGUAACUGUAAAUAUUGCAGUCGUCCACUCCUUGGGCAAAAUAUAGAGAAUGUUUUGCGACAAGAGAGAGAAGAUAUUCAAAACAGCUCUAAGGAGCUGCUAGGAAAUUCAAACGAGUGCCGAAUGAUUUCUCCUUCUUCUGACUGCCAAGAAGAAAAUGCCGUUGAUGUUAAACAGUGCAGAGAUAAAUUAAGAACUUGCCUUGACACCAAGUUAGAAACAGUUGUUUGCACAGGAUCUGCUCCAGUGGACAGAUGUGCAUUGUCAAAGUCAAGCUUAGAGCCUGCAGAGGAAUCAUGGCAGAGUGAGGAAUUGCUAGAUUCAGGUAAUCACACAGGUAAAGUGUUCAGAUCCACAGGAAUGGUUGUGGAAAAAAAACCUCCAGAUAAACUUGUGACAGCUGCAUUUUCUUGUGAGGCAACCCAGACAAAGGUUACUUUCUUGAUUGGGGAUUCUAUGUCACCCGACUCAGAUACUGAACUCCGGAGUCAGGCAGUAGUGGAUCAGAUUACCAGGCAUCACACCAAAUCACCGAAGGAGGAAAGAGGGGCUGUUGAUCAGCAUCAAGAAACUGCACAAACAGCUAAAUCUGGAGAGCCUGAUAUACUGAACAUGGUAUCCGGAGAGCCCUGUGAACUUCCCUGCUGGAAUCAUUCAGACCCCGAAAGCAUGAGCUUAUUUGAUGAAUAUUUUAAUGAUGAUUCAAUUGAAACCAGGACUAUUGAUGAUAUUCCAGUUAAAACAAGUACAGACAGUAAAGAACACUGCUGUAUGUUAGAGUUUUCAAAAAGAUUUUAUACAAAAAAUAGCAAACAGAACAAUGAAUUUUGCAAAUGUGUAGGAACAAUUCACCAAGAUUCAUGUAAAACCUACUUUCCUCAGCAAGACCAAAGAGAUAAACUCUCCAUUCUUGUCCCCCAUGGGGAUAAAGAGAGUUCAGAGAAAAAAGUUGCUGUGGGAGCUGAAUGGGACAUUCCAAGAAAUGAAAGUUCAGAUAGUGCCCUUGGGGAUAGUGAAAGUGAAGAUACAGGUCAUGAUGUGACUAGACAAGUAAGCAGUUAUUACGGAGGAGAGCAAGAAGAUUGGGCAGAAGAAGAUGAGAUACCUUUUCCUGGGUCAAAGUUAAUUGAAGUGAGUGCUGUUCAGCCCAAUAUUGCCAACUUUGGGAGGUCCUUGCUGGGUGGCUACUGCUCUUCUUAUGUGCCUGACUUUGUUCUUCAAGGAAUUGGAAAUGAUGAGAGGCUUCGUCAGUGUUUAGUGUCAGAUUUGUCUCAUGCUGUGCAGCAUCCAGUAUUGGAUGAACCAAUAGCAGAAGCUGUCUGUAUUAUAGCAGAUAUGGAUAAAUGGACUGUUCAAGUGGCCAGUAGCCAGAGACGAAUGACAGAUAAUAAGUUGGGAAAGGAAGUGUUGGUUUCCAGUCUUGUUUCCAAUCUGCUUCAUUCCACUCUUCAGCUUUAUAAGCAUAACUUGUCUCCAAAUUUUUGUGUAAUGCAUCUUGAAGACCGGUUACAGGAGCUAUACUUCAAGAGCAAAAUGCUGUCUGAGUACCUGAGGGGGCAGAUGCGUGUUCAUGUCAAGGAGCUGGGAGUGGUUUUAGGGAUUGAAUCCAGUGAUCUUCCUCUUCUGGCUGCUGUAGCAAGCACUCACUCUCCAUAUGUUGCUCAGAUACUACUUUAACAGAAAGGCUGUUGGAAAUUAACUUUGGUGGAAAGUUAAGUAGAAACCAAGGAAGCAGUCACAACAUGCAUUUAUGGCAAUUUUUUUUCUCUCUCAGACCUUCAUCUGAAUGAGUCAGUCACUUGGGUGGGUAGGGUAUUCUGCAUUGCAGUGCAUAUUGUGUCAUCACUGGAUGGCUUUUUCAUUUUGAUUGGACUUCUGGAUGGUGGCAGAUUUUUAACCAAGUGAAACUAAAAACAGCAUUUGGGGGGAAAGCAUUUGAAGAAGCCAAAGUGUAACUUCGACGUUUCUACAAAAUGAAUAACAUUGAGGAAUUUCAUUAUGAUCACUACAGUCUUGCCACAACCCAUAAGUAGGAGGAAUGGAUAUCUCAUGAUUAAAUGGCUCAGAAAGAGUCAUUUCAUUAGUUUUAAUUCUUUAUUUCUAAGGUACAAAGAUCUAUGAAACUUUAUUUGUGUUUUUUUGUUUUUCAAUUCAAAAUAGCUGAUUUCUGGGUAUUUCUCAAAGUAUUUUAAACAGCUUGUUAAUUGGAAUAAACUCAGAAUAAAGCAUAUAAAUCUGUGUUAUGUUAUCCAUCCAAGUGUACAUAUGUAUCUAUUUUUUAAAAAAGCAGAGGUAGAAAUACAAGAUUGGUAAACAUGCCUUUUUAAAAAAUAUAUUUUCAACUAGGAUUAAUUGUAUAUAAUGUUGAAAUAUUACUUUCUGGUGAUUUUUCUGUUUCACACACCCUAAAAUAUAAGUAAAGCCAAUCUUUUUUUAAGGCUGAGGAAUGUAGAUUCCCAAAAUAAGAAUACUACUUUAUACCAUUUGUUUUGUUUAUAAGUAUAAGCUAAUUCUUAUAAAUGUUAAUAUUUACGUAUUUGCAUUUAAUUUAAUAAAUUAAAAUUAGGAUUAAAAAUUGCACCAAAGCAUUGGCAGAAAUAAUACUAUUUUCUUUAAAAGUGCUCAGGUAGCCGAGGCCCUUGGUUUCGGUAUCAGCCCUUCUUGAACCCAUAGGAACUGAAUAUUUGUUUCACUGCUUCAUAAUAUUCAGUUUACACUAAAAGAACUCAUUAACUCUUAAGAUUGUUUUUUUUCUCUAAUAGCUCCUCUCUUCCGAAAGCUAACUUUUUUCAAAGAUUUCAACUUUUCAGUUGUUAUUGUUUUUGUAUAUAUUGUAGAGUGUUGCUUGUGAGAAAGGCUAAUAUGGAACCAAACUCUUGUAAGUAAUGUAAAUAGAAAGAUGGGUAGAUAAAGUUUUCAUUAUGCUCUACUACCUCAGUUUACUUGAAAUACUACAUUAUAGUUUAUCCUUUACUUAUCUGGUCUAAGAUGCUUUUAAUGCUAGAAGUGAAGCUGGUUUCUGCUUUCAUGAACUAUUUUCAUCAUAAUUAGUUGAUUA